GGAAGAAAUGACAACUCGCCACAUAACGACAAGCAAAGAAUCGUGCUGUUGCUUUUGGAAGAUGGGAAAAAUCGUACACACAUAUGGUGGAGCUCGAAUACACUAGGGACUUGCCGAUGUUCGUAACUUUGAUGGAAGACCGGUUGAAUGCCUAACCCACAGGGGAGAAUACGGGAGUGAAGACUUUUGAAAGUCGGGAGUAUCACUGUAGUUUGCGAAGGCAGUAGUACUUGCGCAUGUCAGGUAAUCCUUACUAACGGCCAAAUUGAUUCAAGGAAAAUUAGGACAUGCCUACCUUUCUCGUGUCUUAGGUUGGGAUCACAACAUCCCAUCCGCUGCGCUGUGUGGUUGAACGCAUCACGGUCACACUCGUCACAGCGGCGUCCAGACUCCGAUGUCGCCGAUUGGCAUAUCACCACAGAGAAGAAAUGACUGUCGUCCCUGGGACCGACGCUCACUUACUCCAUCGAGCAUACUUGCGAAUUCAAAACAAUCAACACAUGCAUGAUUGGCGUCCACAUCAAUUGGAACAAAGUCUAGGAAGACUUCAGAUAUCAGAGUCUGACUCACAAAAAACGUCUACCGCGGUGCAAUGGGUGCCCUCUAAAUACAGCUCGGACGUAUCUCAGUACGUUCUAGUAAAGCCUCCCCGAACUCCAUGCGGCAAUCGUUGGCUAUUUGGUUUUCCUAUUACCAGGAAGGAACUUUAUAACCUGGGGACCAUUGCUUUCCACCAUGUUCGGCCAGGCAAAACUUCAUCAGACAACAGUGCCUACAUCGCCAUAAAUUCCCUCACAUUUCUCGAGGUAUAUCUUGGUCUUCGCCUUUGCACUUUGGCAGGUGGAAAGGUAGUUGGAGAUUCGAAGAAUAUCCCAUCGGAGUGUGUGACAUCGGGAGAGGUGCUGUUGUUAGUAUUGUGGAUGGAUACGGAACGUGAGGCUACCUGUCCAAUGCAAAAUCAAGUGCAUUUCGUGGAGAUGCAGCUUAAGCGCCCACCGGGAUGGUGGGUAGAGAUCCCAUUUUGUUAAUUUGAUGAAUAUUCCGCCAUCGUUCCAUGACUGGCUGUGUCGCCCAAGUACCCCAUUUGUACCAACUGAUCUAUUUUCUGCGGUAGAACCAAUCAUUCCAUCAUGUCAACCUCCAUCGAACCAAAU